AUGCUUCUAGCGCGGAUGAACUCGCAGGUGCAGCCCGAGAACAGCGGGGCGGACCCGGGGCCCCAGCAGCCCCUGAAGUCGUGCAAGGCGGCCGAGCUGGUUGUGGUGAAGGACAGCAACGGUGUCCAGUGCCUUCUGGCGCCUCGUGGCGGCGAUGCACAGCCCCGGGAGACCUGGGGCAAGAAGAUGGACUUCCUGCUGUCGGUGGUGGGCUUCGCCGUGGACCUGGCCAACGUGUGGCGCUUCCCCUACCUCUGCUAUAAGAACGGCGGCGGUGCCUUCCUGAUCCCAUACACCCUCUUCCUCAUCAUCGCGGGCAUGCCCCUGUUCUACAUGGAGCUGGCUCUGGGGCAGUACAACCGGGAAGGGGCAGCCACCGUGUGGAAGAUCUGCCCAUUCUUCAAAGGAGUCGGCUAUGCUGUGAUCCUCAUCGCCCUCUACGUUGGCUUCUACUACAACGUCAUCAUCGCCUGGUCACUCUACUACCUCUUCUCCUCCUUCACCUUCAACCUGCCCUGGACUGACUGUGGCCAUGCCUGGAACAGCCCCAACUGCACUGACCCCAAGCUCCUCAAUGGCUCCGUGCUGGGCAACCACACUAAGUACUCCAAGUACAAGUUCACGCCAGCAGCGGAGUUUUAUGAGCGUGGCGUCCUGCACCUCCACGAGAGCAGCGGGAUUCACGACAUUGGCUUGCCCCAGUGGCAGCUCUUGCUCUGUCUGAUGGUUGUUGUCAUCGUCCUGUAUUUUAGCCUCUGGAAAGGAGUGAAGACAUCAGGAAAGGUUGUGUGGAUCACAGCCACGCUGCCAUACCUCGUGCUGUUUGUGCUCCUGGUGCACGGCGUCACGCUGCCCGGCGCGUCCAACGGCAUCAAUGCCUACCUGCACAUUGACUUCUACCGCCUCAAAGAGGCCACGGUGUGGAUUGAUGCUGCAACCCAGAUAUUUUUUUCCCUGGGGGCUGGAUUUGGAGUCCUGAUUGCGUUUGCCAGUUACAACAAAUUUGACAACAACUGUUACAGGGAUGCCCUAUUGACCAGCACCAUCAACUGUGUUACCAGCUUCAUCUCUGGGUUUGCCAUCUUCUCCAUCCUUGGUUACAUGGCUCAUGAACACAAGGUCAACAUUGAGGACGUUGCCACUGAAGGAGCUGGCCUAGUGUUCAUCCUGUAUCCAGAAGCCAUUUCUACCCUGUCGGGAUCGACCUUCUGGGCUAUCGUGUUUUUCAUCAUGCUCCUGGCUCUGGGCUUUGACAGCUCAAUGGGAGGCAUGGAGGCCGUCAUCACGGGCCUGGCCGACGACUUCCAGGUCCUGAAGCGACACCGGAAACUCUUCACACUUGCCGUCACCAUUGGUACCUUCCUCCUGGCCCUGUUUUGUAUAACCAAGGGAGGAAUUUAUGUGGUGACUCUGCUGGACACCUUUGCGGCGGGCACCUCCAUCCUGUUUGCCGUGCUGGUGGAAGCCAUCGGGGUGUCCUGGUUUUAUGGUGUGGACAGGUUCAGCAACGACAUCCAGCAGAUGAUGGGGUUUAAGCCGGGCCUGUACUGGAGACUGUGCUGGAAGUUCGUCAGCCCUGCCUUCCUCCUGUUUGUGGUGGUGGUCAGCAUCGUCAACUUCAAGCCGCUCACCUACGACGACUACGUCUUCCCACCCUGGGCCAACUGGAUGGGCUGGGGCAUCGCCCUCUCCUCCAUGGUGCUGGUCCCUGCCUACGUCGUCUACAAGUUCCUCAGCAUUCGCGGCUCCCUUUGGGAGAGACUGGCCUAUGGCAUCACACCGGAGAACGAGCACCACCUGGUGGCCCAGAGGGACGUCAAGCAGUUCCAGUUGCAACACUGGUUGGCCAUCUGAACCUGGCCCGAGGGGGAGGAGGCGGCGCCAGGCUAGCGUCAAGGUCAGCGGCAUCGGCUCCACUCUCGCCCCGGACUCUGUCUCAGGACUGUCCUCUUGGAAGACGUCCUUCCCCAAACCCUCGCCCUCUUUGCCCAGUUCCA